GGGAAAACGUUGCUGGAAAAGAUUGUGGUGUCGGACAGUGACAAGUGCCCGCUGGCGCAAGGCAUACACGCACAACCGGCAUUGAAGGGUUCGCCGCGCAAGAAGAAGCUCAUUGCCAAGCUGGAAAAGCCGCCAAGUAAGGAUCCCUGGGGUAAGGCAGGUCCCGGUGGCAAACCGUGGCGCAGUCCGAAGGCAGUCGGCAGUUCGUUCAUGAAGUCGCUGGGUUGGACCAACAAGGAGAUGCUCAAAGAUCUUGACCAAGAUAAUCCCGUCACGCCAGCCGAGAAGCCCACAUUCCGCAAAGUGCGUACCAAUAAAAAGGUGCAACGCUGUUGUGAUCUCUGCAUUUGCAGCUGUCCCGGCAUCGUGACGAAUAAGGGAUGUGGCGGCAUUGCUAUGGCAACACGAAAGAAACCACAUCAAAGCUCACCCAGCAAAGGCCAAAGCAAUACGACUACAACAAAUCCAACUGCACCAGCUACAAUAACAGCUGCCGCUUUAAAGCAAAAAUACUGCCCGCGCUUUGUACGCCAAUGCGGUGCCACCAUGGACAACAACAAUUCCAAUAAUACAGAGACCAGUGCCAAUGUAGGUGGCGAAGGUGUGGAAUUGGUGCCACUGCUGGCACGUCGACGCGCCAAUACCCGCCCAGUCAGCCUGUCCAGCACGGAUGUGACAAAGC